AGUCUGCCAUCGGCAGGAGUUUCCCCAGUCUGUCGCGAGGCCCUUCAUGAUGAAUUUGAAGCUCCCAAUUAUUUGUAGAUGCAGACAGCAAUGAGCUCGCUGCCUUCUCAUAGGCAACCACAGAAUUUCAUUGUGGGCGUGCCACAGAUUCUUGGCACUCGAGCGCUCUGAAACUCCGGGUUCUUCCGAUCCGCGAGUUUUAAAGCAGAUUCUUUCUCUACCACUCAGUCACACUCAACUCGCGUCGGCAGGAGUCUGGUCCUCGUUGCCGGUAAACGUGACUCAGUGCUGAGCAAAGCGUCUCCCCUCCGUGUACUUGUUGCACUUGAGGGAAGUUUUACGAUCUUUGAGCGGUUGAGCGACUGAGGGGGUUUCCACCGCACAUGGCGACGUGCAGCCGAUUUCUGCCUUGCUGCCGCUGUUCGUGCUGCCUUACGGAGGAUGAGAGGGUGGCGUUCGAUAUCAACAAACAGAUUAACCAGGCGCUGCAGCAGCAGAAGAGGAGGUGGAAGAGAGAACUGAAGCUGCUGCUCUUGGGCACUGGAGAAAGUGGUAAAAGCACGUUCAUCAAACAAAUGAGAAUUAUCCAUGGAUCUGGAUAUUCUGAGGAAGACCGAAAAGCCUUUGCAAAGUUGGUCUACCAGAACAUAAUUACUUCAAUGCAGUCCAUUACAAGAGCAAUGGACACCUUGAAUAUACAAUAUCAAUUUCUGGAAAAUAAGGAGAAGUCUCAUGUAAUAAAGGAAUUGGAAGCUUACAAAAUCACUGUCCUAGAAAGACAUCAUGCAGAUGUAAUUAAAAGUUUAUGGAAUGACUCAGGAGUGAGGAUCUGCUAUGAACGGCGUCGAGAGUACCAGUUGCUUGACUCCACAAAUUAUUACCUGAAUGACAUUGAUCGCAUUGCAGCCAGUGAUUACACACCAACAGAUCAAGACGUGUUAAGGGUCCGAGUGCCAACAACAGGCAUCAAUGAAUAUUCAUUUAACAUGCAUAAAGUAUGCUUGAGAAUAGUCGAUGUUGGAGGACAGAAGUCUGAACGAAGGAAAUGGAUUCACUGCUUUGAGAACGUCUUGACAGUUAUAUUCUUGGCUUCACUCAGUGAAUACGACCAGGUGCUGGAAGAGAGUGAGAAUGAGAAUCGUAUGAGGGAGAGCCUCGCUCUGUUUCAUUUUAUUUUGAAGUCCCAGUAUUUUCCAACUUCAUCAAUAAUUCUUUUCUUGAAUAAAACGGACAUUUUGAAGGAGAAGAUUCUUAACUCACAUUUAGCAGACUAUUUUCAUGAGUUUAAAGGGUCAAAAAGAAAUGCAGAAGUCGCCAAGGAAUUCAUCCUACAAAUGUAUCUGAAACAGGAUGAAAAAAAGAGACAAAUCUACUAUCACUUCACCUGUGCCACAGACACAGAAAACAUCCGGAAAGUGUUUGACGAUGUGAAGCACACAAUUUUGGUGAAGAGCCUGAAUGAGUUGGACCUAAUGUAAAAGGGCUCUCUAAUCCAUAGAACAAAAUGCUCUGGGUGUGUUGUAGCUCUGGUUCAACCUCCCCUGCACAGAAUGGAUAUAAAAAGGUGAAAUUCCACUACAACUGGAACGUGGAAUUCUUCAAUGCGUCAGCGGUUGAACCAGACUUUGAAAAGCACAGUUCCAUAUUGAUAAACCAAGGAGCAAACUAAAGAGAUCUUUCCUGGAUGACAUUUAUGUGCCUCUGCACACAGCUCCCUGGAAAAAUGGGAGAAGCAGAACAUUAACUAAAAAUAAGCAAAAGAGUGAUGGUCAAAUAAUGAAGAAACUGUCAUUUAAACUCAGUUGAGGUGUUCAGUGAUAUCAAUCUUCUGAAAUUUUCUUUUAAAUCAGGUUUGCUUCAUUAAUAUUCCAAUUAAUGAUCUCCAUUGAUAGUGUUCCAGAAUUAGCUGAUCUAAGAGGAAGUGGAGUCAGACGCAGGGGAGAUCAUGAUUCUAGUGCGUUAGAAUGGAAGGCAGCAUCAGUGGUGAGGAGCAACAAAUGAUAUUCACAAAAGCAGACAGAUGGUCAACAAUUUCAAUUAUGCAUACACUGAUUUUGUGUCUUCAUUUAGUUCCAGUCCUAACCUUCAGUGUGAUCCUGAUUACCUACUAUUGUCAUGAAGGCAAAGUGAUGAAGUAGCAAUGUGUGGACUAAUGCUCCUGGGGAUGCCAACUCUGUCAAAUGUAUAUAAAACAUUGAAUAGGACAGGCCAUUCAGCCCACUGAUCUUAAUGCUAUUUUAUACUAGAUGUCCUCCUCCUGUUUAUCAUCCAUAUACCUCCAUUUCCUUUCCUUUCUUGUCUAUGAAAGCUCCAACACACUGCCAGCUUCCACUACCACCCUUGGUAACCCAAUCCCGGCACCUACAGCACUGUGCAAAAGUCUUAGGCACACAUAUAUACAGUUAGGGUGCCAAAGACUUUUGCACUGUCCUGUAAUUAUCAAUGUGGAGCAGAGAGCGAAUUCAUAAAUCUGACGGGAGAAAGGAAUGUUGGGGAAUGGUGAGGGUGGAGUGCCGCGGGUGGUGUAUGGGACAGGUGGCAGAGAAGGUGUGCCUGGAUGGUGAGUGAUGCAGGUGGCGAUACCUCCACGCCCCUGAGUCACCAGGCAAGGUAAUAUGAUUCCAGUUAUUUGGUUUAUUGUUUAUUACAGAAUGUCUCUCCGGUGCUUCCUGCUCCCUCCUCUUCCUUUUUCCCCAACCAUAAUUCCCCUCUCCCUGCCCCAUCCUACUCUCACUCCAUGAUAGAGACAGAUAUCGGAAAUAGGCUUAUCAUCACUCACAUAUGUUAUGAAAUUUGUUUUUUUUUGCAGCUGUACAGCCCAAUAUAUAAAAUUACUACAGUACUGUGCCAAAAUCCUAAGCUCCCUAGCUAUAUACAUGUACUUAAGACUUUUGCACAGUAAUCUAUAUAUUUAAUUAAAGAUUUAUGUUAUCCUUAAUAUAAUAUUAAAGAUAAAUAUCAUUAAAAUAUAUAUUUAAUGAGAUAUAUAUUUUUAAUUUAUCUCAUUAAGGAUUCUUUUUUUAAGAAAUAUGUUUAUUCUUGAAGGCUGAAACUGUGUCAGAGUGUGCAUAUUAUAAAAUUAGGCAGGGAUUAAUUUUGAUACCUUGAAGAAAGCAAUCAAUGUGGCUGUACAAGUUUUCCACAAUCUCAUGAGAUUAUUAAUGUCUGGCCUAUGGCCAAAGACGGCACAUGUUCACCACUUCCUCUCUGGAACUUGUUGGCAAAAUUUCCUGGGAACCAAUGUCAGUACAGGGUUUUGGUUUUAUAACCUGGCCCAUUCUUACCUGGGACAUUGAUAACUUUAUUUUUUUGGCAUGGAUUUGUGGAGAAGAUUCCCAGUCCAUUUCAAUGCCAGGGGGCAAGGAGAUUAAAACCUGAGAAGAAAUUUAAUUGAAGUGUGCAAAAGCUUUGGAAUCAGAAGGACAAGACUAACUCUUUGGCAGAGAGGACAGUAUAAGUAGGGAAUAGGGGCAGAGUGACUGAUAUUUUACAGUGGUGGACGUCUGGAAAUCACUGAGUGAAAGAAUAGUAAUGACAGAAACACUCUUACAUAUGAGAAGAAUCAGAAUGAGCCCUUGAACGGCUGCACACUGUGGAGGCACCAGCCAAAAACUGGGAAGUGAAAUUAGUUGAGAAUAUAUUUUUGGUAGGUAUGAAUAUGAUAUUUUUUUGAACAGUGAAAAGUUCUAGAAUUCCAUACAGAACCACCUGAAUGUGGAUCUCCAUACAGUAUAUGUAAAUAUAAGACAAUAGGACACAGGAUCAGAAGUAGCUCCUCUGAACCCCAUUCUCCCACCUUCUCCCAUAACCUUUGAUGCCCUGAUUAAUCAAGAACAUAUCAACUUCCACUUUAAACAUACCCACUUGCUUGGCAUCUGCAGCUCUCCAUGGCAAUAUGGGUCCCAGCUCUGUUUUCAAGAGACUACAGUUUAAUAAAUUUAGUUGGUUACAUUUAACUUUGCAUUUGCUUCACUUUAUUACCUUUUUCCCACCUCCCUUGCUUGUACUUCAGGCUGUUGACUCCUUCCCAAGGUUUGGUUCCAGGGCUGCCAGUUGCCUUUGAGGUAUCUCAUGCAGAUUGUUUUGUCUUAAUGAUCAGCCUUUGAAGAUAUUUGACAGUAGCACCAUCACAUCCCCUGCCAAAUCUUUACAUUCACUCCAGAGAUACACCAACGAAUGCUGAUCAAGAGCAGCCAAAAAUGUCUCUUUCAGACCUUAAGACCAUAAAAUAAAGAAGUAGAAUAAGGCCAUUUGGCCCAUUGAGUCUGCCUGCCUUCUCCCUGUAUCCCUUCAUGCCCUGACCAAUCAGGAAUCUAUCGACCUCUGCCUUAGAUAUACAUAAAGACUUGGCCUCCACAGAUGCCUGUGGCAAUGAAAUCCACAGAUUCACUACUCUCUGGCUAAAGAUAUUCUUCCUCAUCACCAUUCGAAAAGGAUGUGCCUCUAUUCUGAGAUUAUGUCCUCUGGUCUUAGACUCACCCAUCAUAGGAAACAUUCUCUCUACAUGCACUCUAUCAAGGCCUUUCACCAUUCGAUAGUUUUCAAUUAGUUAAUCCCUCGUUCUUCUGAAUUCUAGUGAAUACAGGUCCAGAGCCAUAAAAUGCUCUUCAUAUGAUGAGCCAUUCAAUCCUGGAAUUAUAUUUAUGAACCUCCUUUGAACCCUUUCCAGUGUCAGCACAUCCUUUCUAAGAUAAGGGGCCCAAAACUGCUCUCAAUACUCCAAGUGAGGCCUCACCAGUGCUUUAUAAAGCCUCAACCUUACAUCCUGGCUUCUAUAAAUAAGUGUACGCUUUUACAAUGCUCCUUAUCAAUGCUGAUGUCGAUCUUCAAUACUGGUUUUAUGAAUGAACGUCAAGAUGAAAACCUACCCAGUUUCUAAAGGGUUGUGAUGGUUAUAUUUAAAUGCAGUAUGCUCUGGAGUCCUUUCAAAAUGAAAAACAAAGCUAACAUUAUUACACUGGACAACAAUAAUUUUGCUUCCUGAAUACUUUUGGAUGUAUCUUAUGGAUUUUGGUCUGCUGGUCAUGUGCACAAUUUUUUUUUGAAAUUGCCUUUAUUUGUUACUUCAAUUCAUAAUUCAAGUCAGAAUAACUGAUGCCAAGGUUAAGGAGUUUAAGGAAAAGUAUCAGGGCAACUGGAAUCCAUCAAUGCUGCCUGAUUAUUUUUGGACACUUAAGUGAGAAACCUCAGACACUGAGUACAAAUGAAAAUCAUCAAUGCAUUUCUAGUUUAGUAGAACUAUUGCAAAGCGUCAGCAUUGUUAUGCAAUUAACAUAUUAUAUUCAAUGAAAGUUAAUUUCUUGUUUGUCCAAAUUCCUGUGUGAUACAAGUAGUCUGAAAUUAUACUUGUGUUCAGCUUCAAGUGAUCUAUCCUGAACAAAAAAAUAUUCUGAGGAAGCCACACUUACCAAAAAAAACCCAAUUGUUAACUUUACCUUAUUGCAGUCUAUUUAUGUAACUCAUCAGAUAUAAGCUGUCAUACACAAUCUGGAGAAAUUUAUCAUUGCAAUUGCGAACUAAAUCCUGAUGUCAGGAUCUGGGUGUUCAUCUUGAAUUACCUAGAAAAACAAAUCACUAUUAUUAUGCAAAAAUGUACCUCAUGACUGCACUUUUUUUUGUAAGUUUUCAAUCUUUCAUAACCAAAUGUAAAACUUUUAGUCUAGUAGAUAAAGAACUUAUUAUGCUGUUACUUGGUUCUGAACUGCCAGGGCUCUAAACUGGUCUGUACCACAUCCAAUGUUGGGACAAUUUACUUAGAAUCUUACCUUCUACAGCAUAACAUUAAACAGUCCAUAAAAUGUAAAGGAAGUGCACUGUUCUAUAUCCUUAAGCUACUGUUAAUAUCAUAACUGUAAGCAGUGUGUGCAUAAUGCUAGUAUGUUGUUUUGUGA